AUGGGGUUCCGACAUCGCCAAUAUCCCGACCAUGUGUGUCUACUACAGAAAUCUCUUUACGGUUUAAAGCAGGCUCCCCGUGCGUGGUAUCAAAGAUUUACCGACUUUGUGCUUUCAUUGGGGUUUCGGCAAAGCAAGUGCGAUAAUUCUCUUUUUACUUAUCGACAUCGCGGCAGCACGGCAUACCUUCUCAUAAAUGUCGAUGACAUAAUCCUCACGACGUCGUCUGAUUCUCUUCGUAUGUAUUUUAUGUCUCGCCUUGCAGCUGAGUUCGCAAUGAAGGAUCUCGGCCCGCUCAGUCAUUUUUUGGGUGUUCAUGUCCAGCGGCAAGGUAAUCAAAUGUUCCUUUCUCAACAAGCAUACACGAAGGAAAUCAUUGACAGAGCUGGUAUGUCCUCUUGCAAACCCGUGGCCACACCAGUUGACACUAAACCCAAGCUUGGUUUGAAUUCGGGUGCUGAUUUUGAUGACCCGACUCUGUAUCGCAGUCUUGCGGGAGCUCUACAAUAUUUAACGUUCACGCGGCCCGAUAUUUGUUAUGCUGUUCAACAGGUAUGUAUGUACAUGCACGCACCAAAAGUGGAUCACUGGAAUGCUCUUAAACGAAUCAUUCGGUAUUUGCAAGGCACAUCAUCUCAUGGUCUUACUAUUGGUGCCUCUACGGAUUUCUCCUUACGUGUUUACACCGAUGCUGACUGGGCAGGCUGUCCAGAUACGCGACGGUCCACUUCAGGUUACUGUGUAUACUUGGGUCCGAACAUUAUAUCCUGGUCGUCCAAACGUCAAUCGGUCAUCUCUCGUUCCAGUGCUGAGGCGGAAUAUAGGGGCGUUGCUAAUGCGGUUGCAGAAAUAUGUUGGCUUCGUAAUCUGUUGCUGGAAUUACACAAGCCGCUAACUACUGCUAGUCUUGUCUACUGCGAUAAUAUUAGUGCGAUUUAUCUCUCCGGCAAUCCGGUUCAGCAUCAACGUACAAAACAUAUUGAACUCGAUAUUCAUUUUGUUCGUGACCUGGUUCAGCGUGGUUCUGUUCGGAUUCUUCACAUACCUACGCGUUCUCAAGUAGCCGACAUAUUCACAAAAGGGUUGCCUAAGGUACUGUUUGAUGAUUUCCGAUCCAGUCUCAGCAUUCGGCCUCCUCUUGCUUCGACUGCGGGGGUGUAA